GACCCCCCCCCCCCCUACAACACUAAUGUGUAAGAAGGUGUUUAGUCAAGUAGAGGGGGAUCACAGAGGCUUGUAGCUAGACUAAGUUCCCUAUCAGGAGCUAAAGUUGGCAGUGUUUUUCCAGAAAAUGAAAAAUCUGGGAACAGGAGGAGGCGGAUGAGGCAUGCCAAAAAGUCCAUUAAACCAUAGACUUCAGGUCUGUGAUAUUAACAAUGAUUCCAUUCUGUGCCAGCCGUACAAUUUAUAACUAUAAUCAAUGAAUUGAUGAUGCAUACAUUGUAUAAUUCACAUUAUGCACACAUAUUAGAGAAUAACCCAACCAGUCAACAACUUCUGCUAUCUCCACCACAUGUUACUACUCCUCUAUUUUCAUCACCUCAUUGUGUUGAUUGACAUGUCGAUGAAUUAUCAACUUAUUUCCGAAAUCAAUACAACAUAUACAUGUAGAUUGAAUUGCCAAGUGUCACUACACAAGCAUCAAUUUAGAUAAAAAAUAACACAUCAAAAAUAAUUUAGAAAAAUAGAAAUUGGGAUCAUUUUAAAAGGUGGGGGAUGAGGCAUCAAUAAUAACCGUUACCAUAGAGACUAAAGAAAGUUUUAAGAAAUGUCUCGGAGGAUUUUCUUGAAGAAACAAGGUGUGAUGUUGGUUAUAUCAGCACUCAUGCUUGGUCUGGUCUACUUCAACAUUGUGCAAACUAAUACAAUCAAGGCAUAUGAAAAGAUAAAAAGACAAGACACUCAAUUUGAAACUAACAAUGUUGAAGAAAAUAAAGAUACAGAUGAAAUGGAUCAGGAAAGACCUGAACAUGAAUUUGAAAAAGUCAACAAUAACCCCAAUGUUCCAAGAGAUGAGCGUGUUGUGUUAUCUCCUGGUGUAUAUGAAAAUGCUGAACGAAGACAGAGAGACAAUGAAGUUGUUGAUGACGUUCCCAAUGAUUGGGUUCCACAUGCUUUAGAUGAUGUCAGAUCAGAGGAAUCAAUGGACCCAGUCAAGAAAAAAUUGGAAGAAUUGCAGACACUCAACAAGCAAAACCCCUUACAAUUAUACCCCAGUAGGCUUCGUGGCAACAAUCCUCAUACACUCUCUCCAAAUGGCUUAAAUAGAUACUUAAGCAUGUUACCUCAGAGCCAAAGUGGCUUGGCAAGAAGGCCUAGUUUGAUAAACUUGAGGCCACAAUCAUGGCCUGCAUACAAUCAUAAACCAGGAGAGCCACGGAUCAAUCCUCCACAAUGGCAGAAUAGACAACCUCCAACAGUUGACUUCAAUAAUGUCAAACCAAAGAAGGUCUAUAUGUUAUCUGCGAUGCUAUUUGUGAGAAUAUUC